UCAUGGCAGGUCUGGAGAGCCCAGCCCCGCUGCUGCGCGCGCGCCCUGAACUGUCACGGGCGACCGCGGGCAGAGGAAGCCACCGGAAGCACAGGGCCGCCCUGAAGAAAGAGAGGCGGAAGGCGCGCCGGCAGGAACUGGCGCGGCUGAGGGACUCGGGCCUGGAGGCGCAGGGCCAGGAGACUGUCUCGGAAGGCUGCCCGCCAGGGGGCGACCAGCGGUUGGAGACCGAGAGGCAGCAGUUACACGAGGAGUGGUUGUGGAGAGAGCAGAAGGCCCAAGAAGAAUUCCAACGAAAGCGAGAAAAGGAGGAGGCCACCAGACGACGGCGGGAAGCACUCGAGCGGACGCUAAACGAGGAGAGGGAAGAGCAGCUGAAGAAAGAGCGAGAGGAGGAGGAGGUGAGGCUGCGGGAAAAGCGCGCGCGCGAGGCCGCCGUGCAGAAGAUGCUGGAUCGGGCCGAAAGUGAGCUGGAAAACGGCGCCCCGUGGCAAAACCCAGAGCCACCCUCGGACGGGAGAGUGAUGGAGAAGCACCGCGCGUCGUGUCCGUUCUACAGGAAAACUGGAGCGUGCCGAUUUGGGGACCGAUGUUCACGGAAGCACACCCUCCCGGCCUCGAGCCCCACCCUUCUGGUGAGAAGCAUGUUCACGACGUUUGGCAUGGACCAGUGCCGAAUGGACGACUAUGACCCCGACGCCAGCCUGGAGUACAGCGAGGAGGAGACCUACCAGCAGUUCCUGGAGUUCUACGAGGACGUGCUCCCCGAGUUCAAGCACGUGGGGAAGGUGGUCCAGUUCAAGGUCAGCUGCAACUUUGAACCUCACCUGAGGGGCAACGUGUACGUCCAGUACCAGUCGAAAGAAGACUGCCGAGCAGCCCUUUCUCGGUUUAACGGACGGUGGUACGGCGGGCGACAGCUGCGGUGUGAAUUCUGCCCCGUGACCCAGUGGCAAAUGGCGAUUUGUGGUUUAUUUGAGACCCAGAAGUGCUCACGAGGGAAACACUGCAAUUUCCUCCACGUGUUCCGAAAUCCAAACAAUGAGUUUUGGGAAGCUGACAGAGACAUGUACCUGUCCCUGGAUAGGACCAGCUCGUCCUCUUGGAAGAGCUCGGAUCGAAGAGAGAGGCUGGGCCACCGCGAGAGCUACUACAGCAGGUCAAGGGGUAGACGGAGCCCUAGCUCCGACCAUUCCUACCACGGAAACAGGGAGUCGGAGAGAAAAAGAAGUCGGCACCGGGGGAACAAGUCUCAUCAACGUGGAUCCAAAAGCCGGGAUAAGCACAGCUUCCGAAGGAGAGGCAGAAAAAGGGACUGUAGCUGCAGCCGUAGCCGUAGCCGCAGCAGGAGCUGCAGCCACAGCCGCAGCCGCAGCAGGAGCCCCAAAAGCCGGAGCCAUGCGGGGAGGAGGCCAGGUAGCAGAGACAAAAACACCCAGAGCCCCAAGGCUAAAUAAAUAAAUUGUUUCUAUAUUUAAAAAAAGAGUGGAUUUUUUAGCUAGCACCAAACCGCAGCCCUAGUCUAAGAACAAUCAGUUCUUAGGGCAUGGCCCUACCUGAUACUUGCCCUCAUAGGGGUGCUAGAGUAAAGUGUGGUGAUAAAAUAAGAUGGUUCCCUGCUAACUGAAAGAAUAUUGUCUGGGGUCUUAAAGUCUUGUUGUAAAACAAGGAGCCAUCCAAGUGAUGUAACAGUUAAGUCUGCAAGGAAGAAGCACAACAGCCUGUGUGAUCCAAUGUUUAUAAAUAAUAAAAUCCAAAACUGGAUGGGGAAUGGUAUUAGCACUUUAAAAUUCUGAGCAUCAGGUUUGCAGAAGGCUAUGGAUGGCUGUGAGAAUUCAAAAAUCAAUUUCUAAGGCCCACCCUUGGAUUAAGUCUCCAGUGAAUUCCUUCUGACCAUUGACAGGGAUGUGAGUACCCUUGCUAGCAGACAGAGUAUUGGAAAGCAGGCAAUGCAGACGUAUUUAGGUUAAAAUUUUAACACCUUAUCAUUUGUUCUC